AGGUUUAGGGUUAGGCUCAUUUUUUGGGAAUUUAAUUUUUCGUAAAAAUGUCGUACAACAAUCAGUCACCAGGUGGAGCUGGUGAUGAAAGGAGCGCCGAUCCCUCGAGUGGCGGGUUAUUUAACGUCAACUACAAAAAGUACGAUGACUUGAAAAAUAUGUUGGAUCAAAAUAAAGAUUUUCUUAAACUUGAAGCAAUGAAGAGAAUUAUAGGGAUGAUCGCAAAAGGAAAAAAUGCUUCCUCUCUCUUUCCUGCUGUUGUCAAGAACGUGGCGUGUAAGAACAUUGAAGUGAAGAAGCUUGUUUAUGUUUAUUUGGAGAGAUAUGCAGAAGAACAACAAGAUCUCGCUCUGCUUUCAAUAUCAACCUUUCAACGUGGAUUGAAAGAGCAAAACCAACUGAUUCGAGCAAGUGCAUUACGAGUUCUCUCCAGCAUUCGUGUUCCAAUCAUUGUCCCCAUAAUGAUGCUAGCUAUAAAAGAUGGGAUGACUGAUAUGUCUCCAUUUGUAAGGAAGACUGCAGCUCAUGCUAUACCUAAACUAUACAGUUUGGAUCCUGACCAGAAAGAGAACUUGAUUGAAAUUAUUGAUAAACUUUUGAGUGAUCGAACUACUUUAGUGGCAGGCAGUGUGGUGAUGGCUUACCAGGCUGUAUGCCCUGAGAGGGUGGAUCUUGUACACAGACAUUUCCGCAAGUUAUGUAAUCUACUAGUAGAUGUAGAUGAAUGGGGACAAAUAGCAAUCUUGUCAAUGCUCACUAGAUACGCAAGGACUCAGUUCACCGAUCCAAAUCAAUAUGACACAGGUGUUGAUGAAGAGCAACCCUUCUAUGAGGAGGAAGAGGAUAGUGAUGAAAGUGAAGAUGAGAAGAAAGAGAAGAAACCUGUUUACAUCAUGGACCCUGAUCAUAGACUCCUGUUGAAAAGUUCCAAACCUCUUUUGCAAAGCCGAAACUCAGCUGUUGUUAUGGCAGUAGCACAGUUGUAUUACCACCUUGCACCAAGACAGGAGGUAUCCACGGUUGCCAAGGCACUUGUGCGUCUGCUACGAUCUAGAAGAGAAGUCCAAGCAGUUGUGUUGCAGAAUAUUGCUUCCAUGACUCUUAUGAGAAGGGGAAUAUUUGAAAGUUUCUUGAAAAGUUUCUACGUGAGAUCGACCGAUCCAACCCAUAUUAGAGUUCUUAAACUUGAAGUUCUUACAAAUCUCGCGACGGAAUCGAAUAUUUCAGUCAUUCUCAGGGAAUUCCAGACUUAUGUUCGAAGUUCUGACAAGCAAUUUGUUGCUCAUGCCAUUCAAGCCAUUGCAAGAUGUGCCACAAAUAUAACUGAGGUUACAGAUACUUGUUUGGCUGGCUUGGUUAGCCUGCUAUCAAACAGAGAUGAAGCAGUAGUCGCUGAAAGUGUCGUUGUUAUUAAGAAGCUUCUACAAAUGAACCCCUCUCAACAUUGUGACAUCAUAAAACAUAUGGCAAGACUGCUCGAUAAUAUUCAGGUGCCCAUGGCAAGAGCAAGCAUUUUAUGGUUGAUUGGGGAAUACAGUGAAUUUGUUCCCAAGAUUGCUCCAGAUGUUUUAAGAAAAGCUGUCAAACAUUUCCCUUCACAGCAAGACAUCGUGAAACUCCAGAUAAUUAACCUCGCUGCGAAACUCUUUAUUACAAACCAAAAGCAGACAAAGUUGUUAGCUCAAUACGCUUUACAACUUGGUAAAUACGACCAAAGUUACGACAUUCGUGAUCGCUGUCGUUUCAUUCGCCACUUGAUAAUGCCAUCAUCUGAUAUGGGUGGGGGGCAAAUACAUAAACAUGCAAAGAAGAUUCUUCUUGCACCCAAACCUGCACCUGUGUUAGAAUCACCAUUUAAAGGAAGAGAUGCAUAUCAACUUGGUUCUUUAUCGCACACUAUUAAUGCUGAAGCUAAUGGUUACCAGAAGUUGCCAGAUUUCCCACAAGUUCAACCGGAUCCUUCAGUCAGAACUGUGGAGAUCAUGGAGGUGGUUAGUGAUAAUAAGAGGAGAGGAGGGAAGACUACACGGAGCAAACCAAUGAAGAAGAAAUCGUUUUACUCUGAUGAGGACUCCAGUGAGAGCGAGGAGGAAGGAAGCGGAAGUUCAUCUUCUUCAUCAGGAACAGAGGAUUCAGAUUCUGAUUCUGAAUCUUCGAUAAGUGAAAGCAGCAGUCAAGAAACAGAAGGACCUGAUCCAAGAGUUAGUGAUUCGGAUAAAGUUAACAGGAAGAAAAAAUCUACAACUACUGUUAUGAAGAAAGCAUCCGACAGCGGAUCUGAUGCAACAUCGGAUGACAGUGACUCUUCUUCAUCAGAUGAGGAGUCAAGCUCAGAGGAUGAGAAACCACAGAGGAAACAAACAAAGAAGAAAGACAUCAUUAACCUCCUAGAUCUUGAUGAUUUCUCUCCUCCCACUGUGUCCCCAUCCAAGACUCCCUCUAAUGGAGGACUCCUUGCUCCGAUGCUCGCAUCCGAUCUUCAAGGAUUAUCAUUGGGAGGUAAUGUGUCCGAGAUGUCGGGAACAUUUAACGGGAAGUCGUACGAGUUGUUGCAUCGAGUUACUGGGGGUGGAAUGGCUGCUAAAUACCGAUACCCGCGCACACCAUGUGUAUAUAGUGAUAAGAUGAUUUCUGUGGAAGUGGAAAUUACUAAUACUGGGGAUAAACCUAUUAAUAAUAUUCAUAUGGGUGAUAAGAAACUGCAAGCUGGUUUAAAAGUUCAUGACUUUGAUGUAAUAGAUGUCCUUGAACCUGGAGCCACCACAACAUCUACAAUGGGUGUAGAUUUCUGUGAUACCACCCAACCAUUAGUAUUUGAUCUUUGCACUGAGAAUAGGAAAUUUAAUGUCAAUGUUAAAAUACCAGUGGGAGAGCUUGUUAAACCUGCUGCUAUGCCUCAAACUGAGUUUAUGAAACACCACGGUUUACUAACUGGUAUGAAUGAAAAUAAAUGUAAGUUAAAUAUUCCUGAAUCAAAUCAACCAAUGAUAAGUAAAAAGGUUCAAGAAGUCGUCAAUGUAUGUUUGGUGCCUUCAACACAAAACAAUGUUUACAGGUUUGCAGGUAGAACUGCUCACGGUGGGUCCAUAUUACUUGUUUCUGUUGAGCUUGGUGAACAAAAUGAUUCAAAACUUUGUGUUAAUUGUGAGAAGAUGGUUAUUGGCUCAAUGGUGUUCAAACAACUGAAAGAAAUUUUAUCAAAAAUUUGAAAAUUUUCCGAAAAAAUCAUAAAAAAUUGUGCAAUGUACAGACUGCUAAGUAGUAAAGUAUAUUAAUUGUAGUAAAGUGUAUGAACUAUUGGUCUGUUUUUUUGUAUCUUGUGGUUUAUGCUUGUUGUAACUAAUGUACUUAAAAUAUUAAUAAUGCCAAUACAGUUAUGAAUGUA